AUUCAUCGCUACCUGCAAGCAAAUCAUUGGAAUAUUGAUGAAGCAGAAGAAAUGAUUUUAAGGACUUUAAAGUGGCGUAUCAAACAUCAACCUCAACUGUGGCAAUGUAAAUGGUGUAUUGAAACACCGGGGUAUCAUGCGUGGAGGCAGGUAGGUUUCGAUAAGACUGGUAGGCCUGUAAUUUAUUCGUGUUUUGCUCAAGAACAAGCGAAAAGUGAUACCAUAGAAGAUACAAUAGUUCAUAUGGUUUACUUAAUUGAAAAUGCGAUUGCAACCAUGCCAGAUGACAAUUGUACCUGGAUCUGGAUACUUGACUGCACUGGGAUUACAAUGUCUUCAACAUGCAAUAAAUUAAACGCUAAGGUUAUGAAUUUAUUAUCUAAUCAUUAUCCAUGCCGGCUUGGCCAGUUGCUUUGUAUCAAUUACAAUUGGAUAUUUUCGAGUAUUUGGUCAACGGCGAAACUAUUUUUAACUCCGCAAACAAUCGCUAAAGUUCGCUUGGUGACACCAGCACAAUUAAAACCAUUAUUUACUGAUCUAUUUCCAAUUAACUUGUGCAAUUGGCUAUUGGAUGAAAUUGAAUUAAAUAAGAGUGAACAAUUGAGUCAAUCUCAAGCGAACUUCUGGGUACAACCUUUCCGGGAAAGUGAACAUGAUCCGAGAGGUUGUGGAGAUUAUAUUACUCGCUACCUU